CAAUUUGGUUCGGUUGUCAUUUGUCAGUGCAGCUGCAGGUAGUCUUUUCCAUUUUUCGCGUAGUUCGUGUGUGACUAAUUUGGCUUGGGGGAGCUCUCAUAACAGCAGGAAACUGAAAGAUCCGAACCGGCGUGUGUAUGAUUGCACAAUUGGAAAUUGAUCAGCAGUUCGUGGAGAGAUUAGGUUGUGGAUGUUAACGGGAUGGUCGUAUUGGAGAGCUCACCCAUGGUCUCAGACCAGGACCAACCACAACCCCAAGUUCCUGAUAUUGUGGCGGAGAUUCGUAAUCUUGUUAGCCCGCCCGAACCUCCAGCACCCCCGCCGUCAUUGCUUUCCUCCUUGACGCCAUCCCACAAGGCUUUGAAGGGAAUUAUCGCUGGUGGAAUUACGGGAGGCAUUGAAAUUUGCAUUACAUUCCCUACGGAAUACGUUAAGACUCAGCUACAACUGGAUGAGCGCUCAGCGAAGCCUAAGUACACUGGAGUCAUCGACUGUGUAAAGCAGACUGUGCGAGGACAUGGUGUGGCGGGUCUGUAUCGCGGCUUGAGUGUGUUAGUGUAUGGGUCUAUUCCCAAGUCGGCUGUGCGCUUCGGUGCCUUCGAAGAGUUCAAGAAGCGCAAUGUGGACGCCAAGGGCAACCUGACGCCGGCUAAGCGGCUUCUGUGCGGGAUGGGUGCUGGGAUUUGUGAAGCGAUCUUUGCUGUUACCCCCAUGGAAACCGUCAAAGUCAAAUUCAUCCAUGACCAAAACCAACCGGUGCCCCGGUACAAAGGCUUCUUCCACGGCGUGAGAAUGAUUGUGCGGGAACAAGGAAUAAAAGGGACAUACCAAGGCUUGACGGCGACCAUUCUCAAACAGGGAAGCAAUCAAGCUAUUCGGUUUUAUGUUGUGGAAAGCCUGAAACAAUGGUACACUGGCGGCGAUUCCAAACAGAAGAUCAACAAACCCUUAACCGGAUUGUUUGGUGCUAUUGCCGGGGCUGCAUCUGUAUUUGGUAAUACACCGCUCGAUGUAGUGAAAACCCGCAUGCAGGGCUUGGAAGCCAGCAAAUACAAAAACACUCUGGAUUGUGCCUACCAAAUUGCAACGAAAGAAGGGCUAUUUGCAUUUUACAAAGGAACUGUGCCGCGAUUGGGACGUGUCUGUUUGGAUGUUGGAAUUACCUUUAUGAUUUACGAUUCCUUUAUGGAGAUGUUCAAUAAGGUGUGGAAGGACUGAUUAUGAGUGAUCGGUGUCUGCAGGCAUUUGUGGUAUGUUUGUGUCGUCUGAGAUGGUUGGGUAAAGUUUUGGGAACGUUUUGUUUUUGAGUUUUAUGACGCGUUGUUUGGGUAUAUGUUGGAAUUUAAAGGGUUUUUCCUGUCUGACGGUGGCUUUGUGGUCGAGAGAUUUAUUCGAAUUUAUUUAUUUCUGUAUCUUAGAUUGUGUACUGUGAUGCUCCUCUUCCAAGCACAAGGGGAAUUAAAACUGGUUCGUUAUUA